AUGAUAUCGAACAUAGAUGUGAACGGCGACACUGCCUCCCUAAAACGGAAGCGGGAGCCGAAGGACGACACACCCUCAUCACUGAAGAAGCACCGCCGAAGAUCUAAGCUACCAGAAGAUGCUGUGGCGGGAGAAAGCGCCAGCGCACAGGACGACCAACGAAUGAGCAAUACGGCGCUGCAACAUGUCAAUGGCGGCCUCGAACUCCCCGAUGCUUCAUCACAACCCCCAGACGGUGCGGUCCGACAGCGGCUAGCAUCAUGGAAGGUAUCGAAGCCAAUGGGUGGCAGGAUGCAGGACAUUGACCCGGUCUUCUCCCGUGACGAAAGGUACAUAAUAAUUACCUACAACACUUCAAUCCAGGUGUACUCGACCGAAGACUCUCUGCUUGUCCGCAGGAUUGCCCUCCCCCUGACAAGGACGGACGACGCGACUGAACUCGUGGCGACCCAUAUCGUUUCUGCGGUAUUAUCCAAAUGCGACACUGAUUAUUUAUGGGUCGCAUGCUCCGACGGCCGCCUUUGGCAUAUCAACUGGACAUCUGGGGCAGGCGCAGACACCCCCUUCAGGAUCGAGGCCAAGAAGGUGUUAGACGUCGCGGUGGAUGCGGUGGAAAUUGGCGGCCAGUUUGAAGAUGUUCUGCUGGUUUUGAAGAGGCUCACAAAGAGCUCUGCGCAGAUAGUCGCCUAUAACGUCAAGGCGCUAUCGACAAGGAGCGGCAAGCUUUUGCACACCUACGAUGAGAGCCCGCAGUUACUCCGGUCCGCUGCCGAGAGCAGGCUGAUCAUCGCUGCUGCAAAGGAGACAGUGCAUAUUGGCCUCCUGAAAGCGAAGAAGCUGGCCUCGUUGGAUGAUAUGGCUUACCGCUUCCACUGCUUCAAUGUCCCAGAUCUUGUCACUUGCCUGGACAUUCGACACACAAUGCGGGCAAUCAAAAAGGGCGGCUCCGACCUCCAGUCUGUGGAUCUCGUGGUCGGCUGCGCUCGGGGCGCCAUCUAUGUGUACCAUGAUCUGCCGUCCAAGCUCCCAGGAGAAACAUCUGGUUCCUCGAGGGCAGGCGUGAUCCAGCCAAAGAAGUACCACUGGCAUCGUCGAGCCGUCCACAGCGUGAAAUGGUCUCAGGAUGGCAAUUACCUCAUCUCCGGAGGCUAUGAGACUGUUCUGGUUCUCUGGCAGGUCGAUACCGGAAGAUUAGAUUUUCUACCACAUCUUUCCGCGACCAUUGAGAACAUUGUCGUCUCUCCCCGUGGAGCCUCAUAUGCUAUUCACCUGGAUGACAACUCAACAAUGAUUCUGUCCACCGCAGAGAUGCGACCGACAAUGUACGUCUCGGGGAUUCAAUCACUCGUCCUUGGCGACCGCCCUUCUAAGGAGUCGCUGGUUCGUCGUGUCUGGCGCCCUGUUGAGGAGAUUGCGGCCCCUUUGGUUGCGUCUGUUAACCCCCGGAACCCAUCACAAAUGCUCCUGUGCGUUGGCAAUGGUCAGCAAGCAUCUUUGGGGGGAGGGUCUACGUCCACUCCUCUCCUCCAGGUAUUCGACAUCUCUUCAUUUCACGGUGUCACCAAGCAUGCCCUUGCGCGCACCAAUCCUACAGACGCCAAUGUUACGAGCGACGGUGUACCCAUCAUUGAACCAACCGUCACGAAACUUGCCUUUUCUCAGAACGGCAAGUGGCUCGCCUCGGUCGACGAAUGGCAACCGCCUGAACGCGAUGCAGACGCUCUCUUGACCGGAUCAAAAACGUCUGCCGAAGCAUGUCGCGAGAGGCGAGAGAUUUACUUGAAGUUUUGGGAAGUCGGGGCAGGAGACCAGCCUUUCCAACUUGUCACGCGCAUCAAUGACGCUCACUAUACCGACCGGACACAGACGAUAUUCGACCUCGCCAGCGAUCCGACCUCAUCUCGAUUUGCCACGAUUGGCAACGAUGGAACGGUGCGGUUUUGGGCCCCGCGGUUGCGUAGGAGAGACGGGCUCGCGGCUACCGGACUUGGUGGCCAACCGUUGCGGAGCUGGACUUGUUCCCGAACUGUUUCCCUUCCCAUCUACGAGCAGCAGGAUGACUCUGUCGACAUCCCCACAAAGCACACGGCGCGUAGCGGUGCCAUCACUUUCUCGGAGGAUGGCUCCGUUCUCUUCGCUGCCUUCGGUCCCCCAUUUGGUGCAGUCGUGGUCGCCAUUGACACAAAGACAGGGACGGUCCGCGAUGUUGUCUCUGGCAUGUUCAAGGGCGAGAUCCGCGCGAUCAAGUCCCUGUCAUCAUCUUUAGUCAUGCUCUCGGAGGAUCUCGUUGUCUACGAUAUCGUGUCGGAUGAGGUACUUUACAACUACUCCCUCAAGGAAACGUCCGAGGAUGCUAAGCACCUGACCCAAAUGGCUGUCAACUAUGAGUCACGGAGCGUUGCACUUGUUGCACCGGUCCCGAAUCUGAAUCAGGGGAAGAUGAAGAGGGGCGCAAGAUCAGAGCUUGUUGUCCUCAACAUUGAGGACGACGAGCCCCAGUUGGUCCACACAUUUUCGCACCUGAUCACGUCCGUGUGCGCGACGCCGUCAUCCUCCGGAUUUAUCGUGGUCGAUUCUGCAGCCCAGAUUUGGUCCAUAACGGAAGGCACCGAGCAAGCACCCCUCCUUCAGCCACUCGCCGAUUUGAGGGUAGAUGACUACGAUGCUACAGGUGGAGAGCCAACACGAGGAGAGGUCCAGCUGCUGGAGGGUGACGCUAGCGAUGAAGAGAUGGAGGAUGCGAACCAAGACGUGGAAAUGGAAGAUGACGAUGACACGCAUGCUGCUGUUGUAGCGCCUCAACGUUUGGCCGAGGUAUUCAGCGCUGCCCCAGCCUUCGCCAUGCCGCCGAUAGAGGACAUCUUCUAUCAGGUGGCUGGACUGCUUUCUACGAAGCCUGUCAGAGCUUAG